GUACUUUGGAUUGACAGGCGAAAAGCCAGUAACAGUUUGAAAUGGCUACAUUUUUACUGCAACAAUUAUCUGUUGUGCUCGUGUGUAAUUCACUCAUCUCUGGAGCCCCGGUGACAGAGACUGUGUUUUUGACGACCCAGAGCGCACACGACGUGCUACAGCGUCACAAACGCCACAACACCGGGCUCCUGGAGGAGGUGUUGGAAGGAAACCUGGAGAGAGAGUGUAUAGAGGAGAAGUGUGACCUGGAGGAGGCCAGAGAGACCUUCGAGAACGACGAGAAAACGAUGGAGUUCUGGUCCUUGUAUAUAGAUGGUAACCAGUGUGCAUCUAGUCCAUGUGCGAAUCAGGGAACAUGUAAAGACUUCAUUGGCUACUACACCUGUCUGUGCGGCACUGGCUUUACUGGACGCCAUUGUGAGAUAGUUGUAGCCAGAAGAUGUGAUGUGAAUAAUGGGCAGUGCAUGCACUUCUGUGAGUCUAUGGGCACCUUUGGGGCCAAAUGCUCUUGUGCACUGGGUUAUACUCUGCAGGAGAAUGGGAUGGACUGCGAACCAGAAGAUGAAUUCCCAUGUGGUAGGACAGUCCAGGUAGAUUUGAUAAAGGUCAGAGGUCGGAGAUCGUUGUCCAAAGACAACAUCACCACAAUGCCAGCAGUGCCUUCUCUGGACAUCAACACAUCUAUGGGCACUUAUCCAGUUAUCAAACUGCCCCAAUGGGUGUUCAACAAUACAAUGCUCCCAAAUGAAGAGCCAAGGAGCAUGACGUUCAACAAUACAGCGCCCCCAACUGAAGAGCCAAGGAGCGCGACGUUCAACAAUACAACACCCCCAACUGAGGAACCAAGAAGAGCAAUCAAACGCAUUAUAGGGGGGCAAAUAGCCUCUGAAGGAGAGAUCCCUUGGCAGGUCGCCCUGAUAGACCGUUCAAGUGGCCGCUUAUUCUGUGGAGGGUCGAUUCUAAGCCGCCGGUGGGUUAUCACUGCUGCUCACUGCUUAGUGGAGGCUCAAGACUCCUUUAUUAUUCGAGUGGGGGAGCUUGACCUCUCCAUCAAAGAAGGCACAGAGCAGAAUCAUGAAGUGUUGGAACGCUACAUACACCCACGAUACAACGCCAGUGAGAGCCUGUACAAUCAUGACAUCGCCCUGUUAUAUCUAAAGACCCGAAUCUCCUUCUCUUCUAAUGUGAGGCCCAUAUGUGUGGGGCCCCGCACCUUCACAGAGGCUCUAGUGCAGAGAGCCUCUCCAGCUACAGUCAGCGGCUGGGGCCGAUUGCGCUUCAUGGGCUCCAUGUCCAGAGUCCUGCAGAUGGUGGAUGUACCAUUCACCGACCGGACCGAAUGCAAAGAGAGCAGCAGCGCCAGGAUCACCCCCGUCAUGUUCUGUGCGGGCUACUUCGACGAGGCCAAAGACGCUUGUCAGGGGGACAGCGGGGGUCCACAUGCCAAUGUGCACCGGGACACGUGGUUUCUGACAGGCAUUGUGAGCUGGGGGGAGGAGUGUGCCAAAAAGGGCAAGUACGGGGUCUACACCAGAGUGUCGUACUACUACAACUGGAUCAAGUAUGUGAUGGGAAUCACCAAACACAUGCUGGAAUCUGAUGUGGAUGAUCACUUUGACAAUGUUACUGAGACAUAAAUCGGACGCCAAGUAAUUUCAUAUUUUGUUAAAAUAAACCCUCUAGUAAUUUGAAUAGCAGCAGUAAACUGUGUGUUCAAAAUGAUUUUCAUGAAUCACAAUCAAUUCAAAGGAUCUACAUCUCAGUGUUAUCAAAUACAUUUUUAUUUCAUAAUACAGCAUCUGUCCAGUACAAAAAAGCCAGAUGAAAUCAUUUACAGUAAGACACUAACUGCUCCAGAUCAUUUGCUGUGCAGUUUUUUAUUAACAAUCAGCAGCAGGUGCAGGCCUUUUGGCUCAGAAGAAUUCAUCACUUUUCAAGCAUAUUAUUUUGUUUUCUAAAAAUGAAAUAAAAAUUGUGCAAAAUCUGCAGCAUUAGGAUUUGUCUAAUAGAAUGAAAUAUAAUAAAUUGGAGAGAAGCAAAAAGGAAGAAACUAAGCAGGACAACCAUUUGGGCUGCACACAUUCAACAUAACAUCAAGAAAUAACAUGACAGCAAAAAUAAUAAAUAAGUUAACAACAUAGGAAAAGCAUGGCGUGCACUUCCUGCAGCUUUAAAAACUCAUUUCCAUAUCAAACGAUGUGAAUCAAAGGCAUCCCUCCAACUGGGGUCUCGAUUUGAUGUGGCAAAUUCAUCUAAGACUGCUAUCAAUAUUUAAUUAAGUGUUCAACGCGGAGGGUAUAUUUCAUGUCAGCUGUAUGAUCCCUUUUAAUUGAAGAGCUCAGUCUAACAGUUCAGUGAUGAGGAGUAAGAAGAGUCCACUGUAACAGUUAGUAUCAGGACCAGAGUGAGGGCUGGAGAAUUCCAGUCCUACUGGUUUAAAGCAACAGUGACGCACCCACCGCUGGCCACAGGCAGGGGGCAUGGCACCUCUGCAGCACAACACUCACAUACAGCAGUAAACACACUCUAUGAGAGCUUUUAAACUGACAGACCCGUGCAUAGAGUCUGAAAAGACAGACAGGGCCUUUUAUGCAUCUUAAUAAAGUGCUUCGUAAAUAUCUCUGAGCUCACGUUAAAGCUAAUAUUAUUUUGCGAACUGUGAAGAAAAACAAGU